AAGACAAGAAAAAGAGGAGAUUCAACAUGGUUACCGUCUGGUAGGGUGAAUUCAUUCUGUAAUUCCAAUAGAGGGGUGUAUCUGAAUUCUACUCACAAGUCAAACAGGAUAAAGAGCAGUGUCUCAUUUUCCUAGCGUUGACACUCUCCGUCUCCUUCCACAGCUGCGCCGGUUCCUUCAUCCUCAAACCCUCCUCUUUCCGACGUCGUUUUCGCCUCUCUUCGUAGCCAAGUAUCCUGGCUAUUGGGAGGGAACAUAUUUAGCUAUUGUUCGACAGUUUGAGGUGUUUGCUGCCAUGGCUGGUAAAGAUUCAAAUAAGGGAAAAAAGAAAGAAGUCAAGAAAGAGACAGGUCUUGGUCUCUCUUCCAAAAAAGAUGAGAACUUCGGGGAGUGGUAUUCUGAGGUUGUUGUCAGCGGUGAAAUGAUUGAGUACUAUGACAUUUCUGGCUGUUAUAUCUUACGGCCAUGGGCAAUGUCCAUUUGGGAGAUAUUGCAAACCUUUUUUGAUGCUGAAAUUAAGAAGAUGAAGAUAAAGAACUCAUACUUCCCUCUUUUUGUGUCUCCUGGUGUUCUUCAAAAGGAAAAGGACCACAUAGAGGGAUUUGCUCCUGAGGUUGCUUGGGUUACAAAAUCUGGAGAGUCUGAUCUUGAAGUGCCCAUUGCAAUUCGACCAACGAGUGAAACGGUGAUGUAUCCUUAUUUCUCUAAGUGGAUAAGGGGACAUCGUGACUUGCCCUUGAGACUUAAUCAGUGGUGCAACGUUGUGCGAUGGGAGUUUAGCAACCCAACCCCCUUUAUCAGGAGCCGUGAGUUUCUCUGGCAAGAAGGACACACUGCUUUUGCAACUAAGGAGGAGGCAGAUGCAGAGGUUCUUGAUAUCUUGGAGUUGUAUAGACGUAUAUAUGAAGAAUUCUUAGCUGUUCCAGUGAGUAAGGGGAAGAAAAGUGAGCUUGAAAAGUUUGCUGGUGGACUCUAUACGACUACAGUAGAGGCUUUUAUCCCUAAUACUGGUCGUGGUAUCCAAGGUGCAACUUCACACUGCUUAGGCCAGAAUUUUGCAAAAAUGUUUGAGAUAAACUUUGAAAACGAGAAGGGAGAGAAGGCUAUGGUCUGGCAGAAUUCCUGGGCCUAUACUACCAGAACGAUUGGUGUGAUGAUCAUGGUUCAUGGAGAUGAUAAAGGCCUGGUCUUACCACCUAAAGUUGCAGCAACACAAGUAAUUGUUAUUCCUGUGCCAUACAAGGAUGCUAAUACUCAAGGCAUCUUUGACGCCUGUGCUACCACUGUCAAAAACUUGAACGAAUCAGGUAUUCGUGCUGAGGCAGACUACAGAGACAACUACUCACCUGGCUGGAAAUAUUCUCACUGGGAAAUGAAAGGGGUUCCUCUUAGGAUUGAAAUAGGACCAAAAGAUCUUGCAAAUAAUCAGGUACGAGCUGUUCGACGUGACAAUGGAGCCAAAACUGAUAUUCCUGUGGCCAAUUUAGCCGAACAAGUAAAAGAUGUGCUCGCCUCUAUCCAACAAAAUCUAUUUGAUGUUGCAAAACAAAAGCGGGAUGCAUGUGUUCAGGUUGUAAAGACCUGGGAUGAAUUUGCUGAAGCACUAAGCCAAAAGAAAUUGAUCUUAGCUCCUUGGUGCGAUGAGGAGGAUGUCGAGAAAGAUGUGAAGGCACGAACAAAAGGGGAGAUGGGUGCAGCAAAGACUCUUUGUUCUCCAUUUGACCAGCCUGAGCUGCCUGAAGGUACAUUGUGCUUUGCCUCGGGUAAACCUGCUAAGAAAUGGACAUACUGGGGCCGCAGCUAUUGAUGAUUCAUAUUGAUCUCUAUUCCAUUUUUGUGAGUUCGGGCGAUUUAGACAUCGUAUUCCAGAAUUGCUAAUUGUAACCAUGAGUUUCUUUCUUAACAUAUUUUCUGCUGGAUAAUUCACUGUCUUUUGUUUCCCCCUUUUUCCAAUCUUAUAUUGAAUUUUAUAGUUCAUAAAUCAAAGAGAUGUUCUUAAAUA